AUGAUCGCGAUUAUCGAGAAUUUCCCGUUACAAACCAAAGCUAUGGCUAGCCGGCUAUCCUCGUGUAACGAAGGGCCAUUCCCUCUAGACCAUGAUGACUUUCUUCAUAGUAACAUCAUGGUGGAUGAGAGCUUCGAUGUGACGGGAAUCAUCGACUGGGAAGGCGCAUGUACGGUUCCCUAUGAGCUUAUUGCGUUCCCCGAGCUCCUUACAGCCAUGCCUGUCUCCUUCGACCUGCCCCAGAAAUACGAUCAAGAUGGGCAGCCGUUCGAUGAGGAAAUUCGAGAAAUGUGGCGCGAGCGAGAAGAGUAUAUCGAAAUGGUCAGAUUAGCCGAGCUUGACGAUAGUGUGCUUUCGGAUUGCCUCAGCAGCAAGAGGAGCCAGGCUAUAGCUUAUUUGUAUGGGGCGUAUACUAGUGUUGGAAAGCUGGGCUUUUAUGAUCAAGCUGUGAAAGAGAUAGAGAGGGGAGAAUAA